AGGCAGAGCUAUGGCCACUUUCAGCCUGGCCCUCAUCCAACUUAAAGUUUCUUCCAUCAAAUCAGAUAAUCUGACUCGAGCCUGUGGCCUUGUCCAGAAGGCAGCCUCACAGGGAGCAAAAAUAGUUUCUCUGCCGGAAUGCUUUAAUUCUCCAUAUGGCACAAACUAUUUUCCUGAAUAUGCAGAGAAAAUUCCUGGUGAAUCCACACAGAAGCUUUCUGAAGUAGCAAAGGAGUGCAGCAUGUAUCUCCUUGGAGGUUCCAUUCCUGAAGAGGAUUCUGGGAAAUUAUAUAACACUUGUCCCGUGUUUGGGCCUGAUGGAACGUUAUUGGUAAAGCACAGAAAGCUCCAUCUGUUUGACAUUGAUGUUCCUGGGAAAAUUACAUUUCAAGAAUCUAAAACACUGAGUCCUGGUGAUAGUUUCUCGACCUUUGAAACUCCUUACUGCAGAGUGGGCCUGGGCAUCUGGCAUGACAUCCGCUUUGCAGAGCUGGCACACAUCUAUGCACAGAGAGGCUGCCAGCUGUUGGUAUAUCCUGGAGCUUUUAAUUUGACUACUGGACCAGCUCACUGGGAGUUGCUUCAGUGAGGCUGGGCUGUUGACAAUCAGGUGUAUGUAGCCACAGCAUCUCCUGCCCGGGAUGACAAAGCCUCCUAUAUUGCCUGGGGACACAGCACUGUCGUGAGUCCUUGGGGUGAGGUCCUGGCUAAAGCUGGCACUGAAGAAACGAUCGUGUAUGCAGACAUAGACCUGAAGAAGGUGGCUGAAAUACGGCAGCAAAUUCCCAUUUUUAGCCAGAAGCGAUCAGACCUUUAUACAGUGGAGGUGAAAAAGCCCUAAGGUUUAUGUUUCCAGUAUGUCAUGAAAUAGGAAGAUGUGUUUCUGUAACGUCAUCAAUUCGCUGCUGAAUUCUUUCAUGGAGAUCCUUUUCUAACUGGAAACUGAUAAAAUGAAGAGCCUCAGCACACUGGUACUCUCCACACCUUAUUAAAUAGUCAGAAAGGACUCAGGCUGCCAUU